AUGCGCAUGGAUAUAACCUACGCAUCCUCCAGCCACAGCAACCUCUCCGACAUGCCAACCUCCAAUAGGCCCGUGAAGAUCAUUCCCUUGCAACAUCCCUCGACGGCGUCGUCUUCGUCGUCAUCGUCCACGGCCGCCGUUUUUUCGAGAUGGAAGGCGAAAGUCAACCGAAUGACGGCGACGGAGUGGAUUGAGAUGUUCUUGCCUUGUUACCGUUGGAUUAGGACGUAUAAAUGGAGAGAGUACUUCCAAGUCGAUCUCAUGGCUGGCGUCACCGUCGGUGUCAUGCUCGUCCCUCAGUCGAUGUCUUAUGCAAAGCUAGCUGGGCUUCAACCAAUAUAUGGCCUUUAUUCUGGUUUCGUGCCCAUAUUUGUGUAUGCCAUAUUUGGGUCAUCUCGUCAACUUGCAAUUGGUCCAGUGGCAUUGGUUUCUCUCCUUGUCUCUAACGUGUUAGGCAGCAUAGUUGAUUCGUCCGAGGAGUUAUACACAGAACUUGCAAUAUUGUUGGCGCUUAUGGUUGGGAUUCUGGAAUGCAUAAUGGGUCUUUUGAGGCUUGGAUGGAUUAUUCGCUUCAUCAGCCACUCUGUGAUUUCUGGCUUUACAACUGCUUCAGCUAUUGUCAUUGCCUUGUCUCAAGCAAAAUAUUUCUUGGGAUAUGAUAUAGAAAGAAGUAGCAAAAUUAUUCCUUUGGUCGAGAGUAUAAUAUCUGGAGCAGACAAGUUUCAAUGGCCCCCUUUUGUGAUGGGCUUUAUCAUUUUAGGGAUUCUUCUGGUCAUGAAGCACUUGGGACAAACAAGGAAGCACUUGCGUUUUCUGCGAGCAGCUGGUCCCCUCACAGCUGUUGUUCUGGGUACAGCCUUUGUGAAAAUAUUUCAUCCAUCUUCCAUUUCUUUGGUAGGAGAUAUACCACAGGGCCUGCCAAAAUUCUCCAUUCCUAAGAGUUUUGGAUAUGUAACGUCUUUGAUUCCAACUGCAUUCCUCAUUACUGGGGUGGCUAUAUUGGAAUCUGUGGGGAUUGCCAAAGCACUGGCAGCAAAGAAUAAAUAUGAGUUGGAUUCGAAUCAAGAGUUGUUUGGUCUUGGCGUGGCCAAUAUCCUUGGUGCAUUCUUUUCAGCAUACCCUACAACAGGCUCCUUCUCUAGAUCAGCGGUAAAUCAUGAGAGUGGAGCGAGAACUGGCUUAUCAGGGAUUGUGAUGGGACUUAUAAUGGCCUGUGCUCUUUUAUUUAUGACUCCUUUAUUCGAGUAUAUACCCCAGUGUGCACUAGCUGCCAUUGUGAUCUCUGCUGUAAUUGGGCUGGUGGAUUAUGAUGAGGCCAUCUUUUUAUGGCGUGUUGACAAGAAAGAUUUCCUUCUUUGGACCAUUACUAGCCUCACAACUCUGUUCCUUGGUAUAGAGAUUGGGGUCCUUGUUGGGGUGAACAGGGACCUUGGCGAUAACUCUUCUCAUUUCCUUCAGCUCCUUGACUUCCCUUCUUAUGUUUUCUAG